UGUUUUCCUGCCUGCGGCUCAAAGUGUGAGGACUGUGCCCAACCGCUUUAGUCGAGCCGGACCCCGGGGCAUAAUUUUUUAGUCCCUCUCCGACCGGUGAACGUUGAGCUAUUUUUAGAUUGUAUUAUAUUUUUGUUUUGUUAGGUGCUCGCCUUUCUUCCUGCUCGCGGCUCGUGCUGGUGUUUGCCUUGGGGACAUUUGUCAUCAAACUUUGACAAAAGUCUGCAUUCUUUUCCUUGUUUCAUUUAAAUUUUUAUCCCAUUUCCAACUUAAACUGAUCACUUCGAACCGGAUGAGGUGAUAGACGUCAUUAAAGCAUUCUUUUAAAACCUUGUUGGCGGGACUAACUAACGGCGUUGAUCCUCUCCGUGCUGGUAACAUUCACGCUGAAGACGUCUUCUGUCCUCUUCUUCCCAAACUAAAACCAGCAUGAGGCCACUGUCCCGUCUGAUGCUGCUGCUGCUGCUGGAGUCGGUCCUGAUGUGCUGUGCUGCCAGAGGUCCGCCCAGGGUGUCUGAGCGAGUGCUCCACCGGCAGAGCGUCCGCCUGGGUCGGACCAUGACGCUGCCCUGCCCCGUGGAGGGCGACCCACCGCCUCUCCUCAUGUGGACCAAGGACAACCGCAACAUCCACAGUGGCUGGACGCGCUUCCGGGUGCUGCAGCACGGCCUGCGCAUCAAAGAUGUGGAGGCAGGUGACGCCGGCACGUACGUCUGCAAGGCCAUCAACGGCUUUGGCAGCGUCAACGUCAACGUCACCCUCAUCAUCAUCGAUGAUUCCAGUUCCAGAACAGCAGGAAGUGGAUCGGAACACGCUCCGGAACUGUCCCUUAAGCUUGUGCGGCCUCGUUUCACCCAGCCCGCCAAAAUGAGGAAGCGCGUCAUCGCUCGGCCGGUGGGCAGCUCCGUGCGCCUCAAGUGUGCCGCCAGCGGCAACCCUCGACCCGACAUAGUGUGGCUGAAGGACGGUCGGCCGCUGGCGGGAGGCGAGGAGAACGGCGGCGGCGGCGGCAGUGGUGGCGUGGAGGCGGCCAGGAAGAAGAAGUGGACUCUCAGUCUGAGGAGCCUGACGCCGGAGCACAGCGGCAAGUACACGUGUCACGUGACCAACCCGGCGGGACACAUCAACGCCACCUACAAAGUGGAAGUCAUACAGCGCACCAACUCCAAACCCAUCCUGACGGGAACCCACCCAGUCAACACCACCGUGGACUACGGAGGAACCACGUCCCUGCAGUGCAAAGUGCGCAGCGAUGUCAAGCCAGUCAUCCAAUGGCUGAAGAGAGUGGAUGCGGGAGACGAGAGCAAGUUCAACUCCACCAUCGAGGUGGGGGACCACCACUAUGUGGUUCUGCCCACGGGGGAGGUUUGGUCCCGACCCGACGGAUCCUACCUCAACAAGCUUCUGAUAACCCGAGCCAAGAAGGAGGACGCUGGCAUGUACAUCUGCCUGGGCGCUAACACCAUGGGAUACAGCUUCAGGAGCGCCUACCUCACUGUGAUGCCAGAUGUGAAGCCCCAAAACAACUUGGUGGUUUCAGCGGCGUCCCCCAGCCUCCCCUGGCCCGUCAUCAUCGGGAUACCGGCAGGCGUGGCCUUCAUCCUGGGGACGGCCCUCCUCUGGUUCUGCCAGUCCAAACGCACCUGCCCCUCCUCUUCCUCCGCGUCCUCCGCUCAUCCCGCAGCCCAGCGCCUCCCGGUGGCGGGGCGCGAGCGAGCCUGCCCCCCCGCUCAGCCGGGCGGCGCGGACAAGGACUGUCUGUCCUACGAGGACUACGUUGCCCACCAGCAGCUGCUGCUCGCUCAGGGCGGCUCCGGUCUGGCCCCAAAGCUGUACCCUAAAAUCUACACGGACAUCCACACGCACACGCACUCGCACGUGGACGGCAAAGUGCACCAGCACCAGCACAUCCACUACCAGUGUUAGCAGCAGCGCCCACGCGCGGACUUUUGGAGCGCGAUUGAAGAAUGUAAAGAUUUUUGUUUUUUAAAACCAUCACAAAGUCCCUCAAAGUGUGUUUUUACUUGAAAUGUUGGCCUCUUGUUCAGCAUUUCAGCUCUUCUGGACCCGACAUGCAUAGUCCAAUGUCAUUAUUUAGCAUUUAGCAUGCUGCUUGUAUGAACAAUAGUUUACCAUAUCAGAGAAACAUGAAUUACAGGAGGGUUUGGUUUUUUAAAAAAUAUUUUACCGCUUCUGUUCCAUCCAGCUUUGCUCUCGUGAGAUGGUGUUCAGGUGUUCCUAAUAUUGGGGCUGUUAUUGCAUAUCAAAUCUUCCUUUUUAAACCUGUGAAGCUUUUUUGUACUCUUAUUUUUAUCACUUUUUUUUGUACAGUUCUCUCCACAGGUCAUUAGGAUGUUUGCGGCUGAUUUUGAUAUUUUGUUGCCGUGCCAGCGUCUCUAAGAAGUGCCCCGUGAUUAUGUUCUUUUGUUGAAAAAAAAAACAAAAAAAAAAUAUCAAAAAGCUUUAAGGGAAAGAAGUUCUCUCCAUUUUGCAAGCGAUUAAGUGUAAUAAAAUGAAUGUUUUGCCAUAUUGGCGAUAAACGGUUAGCCUCCCUCUGGCUGUUGGGGAAAACUGCAGCUACGUCCGCUUUUGUUCAAAAUUUGUUUUCUUUCAGUCUUGCUUGCUUUAAUAUUGUUUUUUUGUUUUGUUUUCUCAUCGUGUUGAACCGUUUAAAGCAGGGGUUUCCAAAUGCGUGGCACCGGGGCCGUUUGUAGCUUGCUGCUUGUUUGUUUUUUGUUUGUUUUUUUUGGCCCGCAGCACAAACAAUUAACUACUAUUUUUACUGCUGUUAAUUUACUACUAAAAUUACUUUUAAAAAACACCAUUAAGUGACUCAUAGAAGUGCCAUUAAAUAACUAAAAAUGCCAUUAGAUUACUUAAAAAUGCCAUUUAAUUAAAAAAAAUGCAAUUAAUUACUAAAAAAAAUGCCAUUAAAUAAAUAAAAAUAUUUAAUGGCUAAAAAAUGUCAUUAAAUUACUAAUUUUAAAAAGCCAUUAAAAUUUGUUUUAAAAAUUCUAUUAAAUUAUGAAAAGAAAGAAUACAAAAUUAUAAAAAGAAUGUCACUAAAUAACUACAAAGUGAUAACUAAAAAUGCCAUUCAAAGAGUAAAAAUGCCAUUAGAUUACUUAAAGAUGCCAUUCAAUGACAAAAAAAAUGCAAUGUAAUUACUAAAAAAUGCCAUUACAUAACAAAAAAAAAAUUAAUGUAAUAUUGAAAUUAGCGGAAGAGCUAAAAUUGGAGGGGGAAAAAAUUGCAAAAAGUUGAAAUGUGGAGACAUAAAUCUAUUAAUAAUAUUGUAUGCCUUGUCAUCUUUAAAAUAUAUAAAUAUACUGUCUAUUUAUAUGUACUGUAUAUACUGAAUAUUUAUAUAUAAUGUGUACUUAACAUCCCUGUGUGGAGUUUGCAUGUUCUCUCCGUUUGUGGGUCCUCUACACUCUCCUCCCAUAUUCCAAAAAUAUGCAUGUUAGGCUAAUUAGCAAACCUAAAAAAAAAUGUGUAUAUAUAUAUAUAUCUAUAUGUGUCCUGCGAUUGGCUGCCGACCAGUCCAGGGUGUACCCCGCCUCUCACCCGAAGUCAGCUGGGAUAGGCUCCAGCAUCCUACGGCGACCCUAAUGAGGAGAUGCGGCAUAGAAAAUGGAUGGAUGGAUGAAUACAAAAUGAAGAUGAUAAUAAUCAAACGUGGAAUAUCAUAUCAUGAGGAGAUUAUACAGCGACACGGCUUUACAGUUAACGGGAAACCAUAGGUCUUAGCUGAAUAGCUUUUAUCCAGUAUUGCAAUAAUAAAGGUUUGGACACCCCUGCUUUAAAGCGAAGAAAUGAACCACUAGACCAACUGGCUGAUGUGCACUUACCACUGCUACAUGGAAUCGUCCCAGUUCAAAUGUUCUAUAAAUUAGCGAUCCCAAAAGAAAGUGUAUUUUAUUUGUAAUUUAUUGUCUGUGGGCAUUAUAGUGCAUGAGUUGAUUUCAGUGUAAGAUAUUGUAUUUAUACGUGCUGGCAGAGUAUUCAAAACCUUCUAGCUAAUCCUUGUAUGGACAAUCUUGUACAGUUUCAUCAUCUUCAGUCAUCACCUUGUUGUCGCCAUUAAAAACUCCAAUCCCUGGU